AACAUUAUUUUGAAUGUCAUACAAAGCGAAUUUAUUCAUGUACACUUUGUAUACAACACCAACAACAAUUACAAUCUAUUGUUGGUGUAAGUAUUAAUAAUAGUCAGCAGCAGCGGAGUACAAGUUUCGUUGCUGAGAUUAGUAAUACAAGACACCAUGUGGGUAUACAUGGGAGGAAUAAGGAAAAUAUGCCGCCGCCACUGCUGCUGCAGCAACAACAACAAUAUUCAACACCUUCUUCUCUUCAAAAUUCUUCUGGUCUGGAUCGCAAUAUGUUGAAUUCAUGGAUAGAAGGACUAACCCUUUUUGAAACAUCUUCAUUUGAAGAAUUAACAAAUCAUAUGAGAGUUAUUCAUGGGGCUAAUACGCCGCCUGGUGCUAUGAAUUCUUCGACUUCUACUGUUCAUCCUAUUUCUGGAUUUUUAAGUGAAUCUCAGACGGUGUUAUUGCCGCCCUCAUUUGUAAACAUCAAUGGACUACCAGUGGUCCGCAGAAAUGGUAAUUAUAAUGCCAGUGAAAUGAGUGAGAAUGCAGAUUACUCUACAAGAUAUCAGUGCAUAGAGUGUUUGAGAGUUCUCAAUACAAGAGAGGAGUAUUUCCGACACUUCAGUGCUGAACAUCUAUCAACUUGUAUUCAUGAAAACUAUUAUCGAUGUUUUGGUUCGUGUAAACGUCUUUUUCCCAAUAUUGAUAUUUUUCGAAAACAUUUAUCAGUUUGUCAGCAUGCACAAACAAUUUUUCAGUCAACAUUUGGAUAUUCAUAUACUUAUAGUGAUGGUAAUAAUAAUAAUGACAAUAAUUAUCAUAGAAAUGAGGAUAUACUUAAUGUAUUGGACCCAGAGCAUACAGAUGACAACCAACAACGACAACGACAACACAACAAGCACAACCACAACAACAACAGUCUGUCAGAGCCUACUCAUCGUGUGAGAAUAAUGCAUCUUCUUCUUCGUCUGCUUCCAGUUAUGGGAGGAGGAAUAAUAAUGCAUCAGUAA